AUGGUGUGGGCUGCAGUGCUGUCGGUGGCGCUGGUCGCAGCCGCCCCCCAGAGGGCGCUGCCUCCGCGGGGACCUCCGGGACCUCAGCCCCAAGGACAGCAGAUUCCUAUUAUCUCCCAGGAGUCCGUCAUCAACCCAGACGGAUCGUACAAGUGGAGUUAUGAGACCGGAAACCAGAUCAAGGCCAACGAGGAGGGUGCUCUCAAGAACGUCGGCAACCCCGACACGGAGGCCAUGUCCGCUCAGGGAGGUUUCUCCUACGUUGCUGACGACGGCAGCCCCAUCGAACUCACCUACAUCGCCGACGAGAACGGUUUCCAGCCCAAGGGCGCUCACCUGCCAACCCCGCCGCCCAUCCCCGAGGCCAUCCUGAAGUCCCUGGAGUACAACGCAGCUCACCCCGAGGAGGACGACAGUCAGGGCGGCGGCCAGCCCCCGCGCAAGGGCUAAAACUGAGAAUCAAGAAACCGCCGUCGUCAAAUCAUGGCGACAGUGACAUUUCCUCUGGGCUGUGACGCGUGACCAAUCCGUACCGAUCUGUAUCUCCACAUAUUUCAUAACAUAUGUACUAGUCGCGCGCCGCCGUGUCCCCUGACCUCUCAAAGUCACUGCUAGUCAUGGGGGACGUCUGUUGAUUGCACGCUGGUACACAGGAGACCGCUGUUUCUGAAAAGCUUCAAAGUGCCAUAACCAUAUCUGCAACGAGGACAUCUUUGGUACGUCCGGCCCCGGCACUUCUCAGCACGCUCUCGACGAGUGAAGACAAACACUUUUGAUUGAAAUGCUAAAUUAUACUUAAUUACUACAGUGAUCGACUCGCAGCAAGUUACUUCAAUACGGUUUGCCUGCAUGCUGCUGUUUAAUUUAUUCCUAACAAUUAAAAUAUUUCAAAAAUGAAA